AUGUUUUGGCGAUGUUUCUUGGUCCUCGCCUGCGACACAGUGGCGGCCCUGAGUUGCCGCUGCUUGUCCUAUGCUGAAGGGAAGGACGAUAGCUUCAAUCGCGAGAUCGAGGGCCUUAGCAGGAAUCAGACCAAUCUCAGCUACGGCAUCGGCUGCGGCACACAUGACCUGGAUGGUCCCUUCACAGCCUGUGCUUCCAGUGAGCCCGAGAAAUGGUGCGGCGAUGCAUGGCGCUACGUCGCCCCCAGUUGCACCCUAGCUUCAAAAAGCUCGUCCUACAGGGUGGGCCGCUUCUACUCCUACUCCCAAUGUGGCUACCUAGACCGGUUCACCUCUGAAUAUGUGGAAGGUCGCACUUUCCAAGGGCAAACGAUCAACGUGGUUUUCAUGACCAACUCUGGUGGCUGGAAAGGUUCGUACUGCGACAGAAAUGAAGGCUGCUCUGGACCAACAUGGUCUUUGGUGAACGAUGUGAUCCAAAGGACAGGCUCUGUGCCGAACGUGUCGAUGACCUUCUAUGGUGGCCCCUUAGCCAAUUAUCCUGGUGCAUAUCCGGAACAGGUCAUCGAUCAAGUGAACCGUGAUCAGCAGACAAGUGCCUUUACAGCUUGUGCGUAUGCCACAGGCAUGGGCUUUGUCGAUAUUUGUGUUGGUGCCUUUACUGCCACGCCAGCCCGAGAUUUGCUUUCCCUGAACCUGGAUCUCUGGGCCGAGCCCGUGUAUUUGAUCGCGCCUAAGGCGCAGUCCAACGGGUUUCUUCAAAACAUCACCAAGGCAUUUUCGCCCUUAACUGCGCGUGUAUGGCUCUGUGUCCUUGCUUUCCUCUUUGUCGCUUCCCUACUGGUGAUGGUCCAGGAGCGUUACGGUCCUGGGGUCCCCGAAGGCAGCCGGGGCCUGUUCGCCGAAGUCAGCCUCCCAGCAGCCGUGGUGGAGGCCAUUUACAUCGGCUUCAAUGGGCUCUUCGCAAGCAACGCCCAUGAUUUUCAUGCGCAAACCUUGGGCGGGCGCAUGACCACCCUGGCCAUGGGCUUUCUGAUUUUGCUGACGGUGAGUUCCUACACGGCUAAUCUGGCCACCGCGUUGAUCGUGCAGCAGAGUGCCAGCACCACAGUGGCCUCUCUGGAGGCGAUUCUGGCGAAUAACUGGAAGAUCUGCACCCAGGACAACUCGUACCUCGUGAGCAACUUCAACUUCCCCGCGAGUCAGACGGUGCUGAUCGAUGGCCGCCGGGAAGUGCUGGAGGCCAUUGGACAGCAGUGCGAGGCCGGCGUCAUGGCACUGGAGGACUUCGAAGCUGGGCAGACGGACAGCAGUUUUUGCCACUUGAUGCGCGUGGGUGACCCCUUGUUCUACGAGCAGCAGAUGUGUCCAGUCAGCGACCGCUUCAAGCGCUCCGCCACCUUCCACCUGAGGGACGCCAAGGCGCAGGGCACCUGGAUCAACGCCUUGAAGGUGCACAGCCCCGUGGAUGCUUGUUUGGCUGCGACCGAGGAGGCGCAGGCAGAAAAGGAGCAGACUGGGCUCACGCUGGAGGACUUUGGUGGGCCGCUGCUGGUGGCUGUGAGCGUCUGCCUGCUGGGACUUGUGGCCGAUGCACUCAAAUGGUUGGCCCUCCGACGCGCAGCUGCUCAAGCAGCGCCGGUGGUGCCCAGCAAAUCGGAAGCGCAAGAGGUGCCUGGCGAGAAAUCUGCUGACGGUGGGUUCAUUGAAGUCGAUGAAAUUGAGCAGAUUGAAAAGAUCUUGUCAAGGCUAAAGCGCCGUCGAUCUGUGGGGUAUGAAGGGUCUGAAAUCUCGCUGGAGGUACACCGUUUGUAA